CUUGAGCCUCUCUCUUUCACAUAUACCAUAUCAUACCAUAUCACACAAUGCCACGCUCUCUAUUAUCAUCCACAGCUGCUCGGCGGCUAUCACAAGCCCCAGCUUGUCGCCUCUUCUCAACUUCUCGCUCGACUUGCCUCUCCGCAUUCCCCGACGGUCAAUUCAUCUCUCGCCGGACAGCCACUGUCGCAACUCGACCACUUUUCCAAGGCUCAGUUCCAUGCUCCCAAAUCCCUCGCUCCAUUCGUCAGCGCUACGCCGGGUUUUCAUCCUCGCCUGUUCGCCCGGCUACCAAGGUCACGCAAAAUCCGAGAACCGGAGAUGACGGAGAACCACUUGAGAUUGCCAUUUCGCCACGGGCUGUGGAGCGUCUCCGCGAAAUCACAGACCCAACCAGCUCUCCCUCCGCCACAAAAGAAGAGAACCCCUACCACCACCUCCGCAUCACAGUAACCAGCGGUGGAUGCCAUGGCUUCCAAUAUAUGAUGUCCUUGGAAGGAGCCUCCAAGAUCGACCCAGAAGAAGAUACAAUCUUCGAAGGAGAGCCUGACGCCUCGGGUGCAGCAGCAGAGUCAGCUGGCGAUGCUAAGGUGGUGAUGGAUGAGCCCUCGCUCGAAUUGCUGCAUGGCAGCACUGUGGACUACACCACUGAGUUGAUCGGAAGCCAGUUCAAGAUCGUUGAUAACCCCCGUGCCACAAGCAAUUGCGGUUGCGGUACCAGCUUUGACGUUAGUGAUUGAUUGGGGAGGCUGUUGGGAGAUAUUUUUGUCUUCGUGUAAAUCAUAUUGCAUACUGUAAACCGGAUAGGUAGUUUAAUUGCAUGCUAUACC